CAUGCGCCUGGCCGGCGGCGCCGGCUCCCCUCGGGCCGCGCCCUCGCCCGGGAACGGCAGCCGGUGGCGGGCGGCGGACCCGGGCGGCGGCGGCCCCAGCCCCGAGGCGUGGUCGGGGUCUCCCAACGGCAGCCUGGGCGGCUGGGACCCCUUCGGGCGGGACGAGGAGCUGGCGAAGCUGGAGAUCGCGGUGCUGGCCGUCACCUUCGCGGUGGCGGUGGUGGGGAACGGCAGCGUGCUGCUGGCCCUGCGGCGCACGCCGCGCAAGGCGUCUCGCAUGCACCUCUUCAUCCGCCACCUCAGCCUCGCCGACCUGGUGGUGGCCUUCUUCCAGGUGCUGCCCCAGCUCUGCUGGGAGGUGACACACCGCUUCCACGGCUCCGACGGACUCUGCCGCGUCGUCAAGCACCUGCAGGUCUUCGGCAUGUUCGCCUCGGCGUACAUGCUGGUGGCCAUGACCGCCGACCGCUACAUCGCCGUCUGCCAUCCGCUGAAGACGCUGCAGCAGCCCACCAAGCGCUCGUACGGGAUGAUCGCGGCGGCCUGGGCGCUCAGUCUGCUGCUCAGCACCCCGCAGUACUUCAUCUUCUCCCUCAGCGAGGUGGAGCGCGGCUCGCAGGUCUACGACUGCUGGGCGCACUUCAUCAUGCCCUGGGGGCCCCGCGCCUACAUCACCUGGAUCACCGGCGGCAUCUUCGUCGCGCCCGUCCUCAUACUCAUCACCUGCUACGGCUUCAUCUGCUACCGCAUCUGGCGCAACGUCCGGGGGAAGACGCGCCCGGGGGAGGCGGUGGCGUCGGGGGAGGAGGCGGCGGCGGUGGCAGCGGGUGGCGGGCGGCGGGCGGGUAGCGGCGGCCCGCGGCGGGGGCUGCUGCUCGCUCCCUGUGUCAGCAGCGUCAAGACCAUCUCCCGCGCCAAGAUCCGCACCGUCAAGAUGACCUUCGUUAUCGUGUCGGUGUACGUUGUCUGCUGGGCGCCCUUCUUCACCAUCCAGAUGUGGUCCGUCUGGGACCAGCGAUUCCCCUGGGUCGAUUCUGAAAACACUGCAACUACUGUUACAGCUCUGCUGGCCAGUCUGAACAGUUGCUGUAACCCAUGGAUCUACAUGUUCUUCAGUGGGCACCUCCUGCAAGACUGCAUACAGAGCUUCCCUUGCUGUCAAAAAAUAAAGCAAACGCUGAGUAAAGAAGAUUCAAACAGCAAUAGCAGGCGACAGACUUCUUUCACCAACAACAGAAGCCCAACCCACAGCCUAAACACCUGGAGGGAGAUGCCCCUCUCUAAAUCAACGAGCUUCAUUCCCAUUCCAACAUGAGACAGGCUGUGGGGCAGGAGGGCAUGACACUUUAUGCCUAUCAAAGGCACCAGUCACGGUACCAAGGAAUGACUAACAUGGCUAUAAGGCUAACAUGCUGCCUUGCUCAAUAAGCUAUCCUGCAGCAUGUAAAUUAUUUUCUGAAAGGUAUUUAGAACUUGGGCAACUGAUAAGGAAGGCACGGCAACAAUAAAGUGAUUAUUUUUUUAAAUA